AUGCGUCGUCCAUCGUCAGUAGUCAAAGUGGGGAAUUGGAAGUGGAGCCAGUGGGGGACAGUGCGAUUGUGCAUGCUGCAUUGAUGAUAAUGACGUGCGGGGUUUGGCAAUAGAGGAAGUCUAGUUUAUUCCCCACAAUGCAAUUAUGUUGGUGUUUUUAGAGUCUAUUUACGAAGCGGUGUGGCUGGAGUAGUGCAGUGGUAGGGACCAGUGAUAGAGGAAGAUCGGACGAAUCAAUGUCCCGUAAGAUCGGGGUUGGCUUUGAAUUGACAGAUUACUGGGUCUUGAUGCGGACGUGGCACGCAUGAGUCGCGCAUUGUAAGGAGUGGGCCGUUGGGCAGCAGCAGCCGAAGCGGGUAUCUGGUGAAUGCUUUGUGCAGAAGAAAAUCGCUCAUUGUGCUUUGCAUUGGGGACCAUACCUAGUGAGUGAGUGGGAGGACGUGCACCCACUUUGCUUCUGAUUGUCUGCACCGUGCUUCCUUUGCCAGUCUUGGCAUUCGUUACGUUUGUCGUCACCUCAGAGACGCCCAAUUGCCUGUACAUAUGAGUUUUCUCCUGCCGCCUUCGCGUUUCGAAGGUGCCGCCCUUGUGAUCUGCUGGAGCUUGCGGUGUGAUGGAAAGUAGAGUGUCUUUGCAGUUUCGCAAUCGAGAAAUGUUCUUGAGCUCCAUGUGUCGGAGUCCUCAACAGCAAUUGAAGCUUUCCUCUGCUAUGCGUUUUAGGUGUGAAUGUUGAAGGUUGGCGCAGACCUGAGAGGUUGCAAGAGCUAUCAAGCACGUGCGCACUACCUUGUGUCCAGUCUUGUCCUUUCUUGUGUUUUCAGUUUUAUGGUGUGCUUUAAAGUAGGCUAAUUAUCGCAUUUCCUGCGAUCCUGGAAGAAAUACUGAAGAAGGUCAUUUGCGCCGGGUAGACAGCACUCUUCAAAUUGAGUAGAUACUUUGGAUGUAUCUCUCUCCUCUGUAGCUACAGCCUUGUAUAAAGACCGAUAUGAAGGCUCUUUAAACCUUGACAAGAGAAUUCUGGAGUCACUGGAGUUGAUGUUCGUUGCGAUGGCAAGAAUGGGGAGGUUUAUGGCAGUUCUUCUCGCAAUGGUAAUAUGCAUUUGCUUUGGGGAUGCAACAGCUCAAAAUCCUCAGAAUAUAACUUACAGGAUAGGCUUUCUGUCGCCUUCACCUGAUUCAGUCAUUCCCACCAAUCUGGCCAUUGAAUGGAAUUCGGCAUUUCAAGUGGCUAUGGAGGUCCUGAACUCCGAGAAGAGACCAUACACGAUGGUCGCAACGCUGAAAUCCACUGAAUGUGACUGGCAACUCGGCCAGCAGGCUGCGGAGACCCUUCUCCGUCCGACAGUAAUUCCACUCUUAAUCGGCGGAGUGGGUCCUGCCUGCUCUGACGCAGCUAUGUCAGCUGGCAGAGUUUUUGUGGAACAAAAUUACCCGCUUGUUUCGUUCGCUGCCACCUCAGAAAGUCUUUCGAACCGGAUUAAUUUCCCAACAAUUUUCCGUACAGUAUUUAGUGAUAGGUAUCAAGGAGCAGCCAUUGCAGCUAGUGUGUUACAUUUGAAAAUCAAACGUAUCACGGUGUUGACCACUCAGCAGUACUACAGCAUGAAUUUGGGCUCAGAAAUAGUCAAUGCGAUAGGUAACGCGACAAUUGUAAAUACAUUCCUUCUUCACAGAGGAGUGAAUUCAACUAUUGAUAUCACUGAGCUUGCUGGUGUUCUGGACAAAGUCGGAAAGGAAGAGUUUGUAGUCAUGGCUGUGCAACCAAUCCAAGCCUAUGAGAUCUGGAAAGCUGCCAGAGACUUGGACAGGAUAAGGUGGCCAUAUUGGUACUUUGGGACAGAUGGAGUUACUGCAUUUGAUCCUACGGACAACACUACAGAUCCCAGUUUGGUAAGCGCCUUGCUAGGAGAAAUUGGAGUAACCCCUCAUGGUGCCGACAUUAACAACCCCGCUUGCGAAAAGUUUUACUCAUACUGGAAAGCUAAAAAAUAUCCUGGCUAUCCCUCUGAAAGGAAGAAUAGAACCCGGUCCUACGUUGCCCACUUAAUUGACGCUGUGCAAACGUAUUUCCAUGUUAUCGACAACCUCAUUAAGGCAAAUGUAACUGUUACCAAACAGAAUGUUUUGAAAUCACUUAACGGCUCUGGUCCUGGAGUCCUAAAGUUCGAGGGCUGCAGUGGUACAGUCUCAUUUGACCCUGCCACUGGAAGCCGGAGUGUAGCAGCACAGGAUCCUUAUUAUGAUUUCAUGUCGCUUACACCUACAGAGUGGGUGGUCAAGGGGGCGAUAAAGAACGGGAGUUUGGUCAACUUGGAUCUGCUGAAACCGCCUGGUAGCGAGUAUGGUCCAAAUUCAGCGUUUACGGGACCCAAUCCGAAUGGCAUGUCACGCAAAACUAAGGUCUGGAUAAUUGCGGGUACCCUCGCUGGAGCAUUUGCUCUACUAGUUUUGGUCGCAGGUGCCGUGUAUUUACACCGACGCAAAAAACACCCAGUUGUGAGGUCCGAAUCCAUGCGCAGAUUUAUAGACUUCGGUAGUUUCCGAGGGAGUAGCUUCCGAGCCGGAGACAGCUUUCGAGGACCUGAGAGUUUUCGAGCUCCCACUUAAGUACGGAAAGGAGUUUCAUACAUGUUAACUAUGUAGCUAUUAUCCACAUCAGAUGGCGGCUGCGAGGCUUAAUUCCCAGGGCUCUAUAGCUGUACCCACUUCGUGUCAACUACUGUACUAUCCGCACUGAAGUUGCUCCAAGCCCUGGUCUCUGCGUGUACUUGAAUAAUCUCUUGGACGUCAUUACUAGCUGCUGCUGCCCUUCCUGACAUGUACAGAGAACAGUCUGUUGGCCUUGCUUAUUCCCAGACAUGCUGAAUUGUCACUUGGUAAUUGAGCUUCAUGAACAUGAGGUUACUGGAAGCUUGUGGCCACUUCAUACCGUGUAAGAGAAAUGGAGUAGGAAUUCAUGUGAAACUACUUCAGGAUGGUAUUCCACACAUACUCGAAACGUCUGUUUUGAAAUGGCUAACUUAUUCAUCAGACCACCAUCA